AUGUCAUUCUUUGAGUCUUCCCAGAAUGUACGCCUUGAAGGCUCCUGCCUGAUUGCUGACGUCUGCCGUGCGGACGGCUCUUGGACCGAGAGUAUACUUGACCUCAACAACCACGUUGGCAACAAUGAAGGGAUUUUUGAAGUCGGAGGAAAUGGUGUCUUUGAGUCCGCUGACCAGGUGUCAUGGAGACUUGACGGCACAACCAUCAUCACGCUGCUGUACCGGUCAGAUGGAAGCUUCGGAGAGGAGCAGUUUCUCAACUUGAACGACUAUGUCUCCAACCAGGAUGGCGUUCUUGUCUUCAACCAAAAGAUGGAGGCCACAGCUCUUCGAUCAUGGGAGCUGGACAACAAUGUCCAGCUGGUUGACGCCAAACGGGAUGCUCUCUACAACUACGAUGCCGAUGUCCAAAGAGCCAUAGCCGACGCUCGCCCGUGGACCAAGGAUGCGAAUUACUUCAAGUAUGUGAGGAUCAGCGCCGUCGCCCUGGUCAAGAUGACGAUGCAUGCGCGGUCUGGAGGCUCGCUGGAAGUCAUGGGUCUGAUGCAAGGCUACAUCGAUGGGGAAACUUUUGUGGUGACGGAUGCUUUCCGACUGCCUGUCGAAGGCACCGAGACUCGAGUCAACGCACAGAACGAAGCGAACGAAUAUCUCAUCGAAUAUCUGGAUCUCAGCCGCGCACAGGGCAGGCAAGAGAAUGUCGUUGGGUGGUAUCACAGCCAUCCUGGAUACGGAUGCUGGCUCAGUGGCAUCGAUGUCGAGACGGAGGCACUGCAGCAGCAGUUCCAGGAUCCCUUCCUGGCUGUGGUCAUUGAUCCCGAUCGCACCAUCAGCGCCGGAAAGGUCGAGAUUGGAGCAUUCCGCACUUAUCCCGCCAACUAUAAACCAGAGGGCGCCAGUGGAUAUUCAUCAGACGGGUUCCAGGCAGUCCCCCUAGACAAGGCUGCCGAGUUUGGCGCUCACUCUAGCCGAUACUACAGCCUCGACGUUUCCCAUUUCAAGAGCACAUUGGACUCUCAUCUACUAGAGCUCCUGUGGCAUAAAUAUUGGGUGCAGACGCUGAGCCAGAGCCCUCUGCUGACGAAUCGCGACUUUGGCAGCAAGCAAAUGCUGGAUCUCAGCUCCAAAAUCAAGGAAGCAACCUCCAAUAUCAUGAGAUCCAGGGUAUCUCAGGCUGCAAUGGUGGGUGGGAAAAGCGCCGACAAGGCGGUGGAAAAGCUUGCUCAAGACUCAAACUUGGUUGCCACGAAAGAGUUGUCUGGAUUGAUGGCGGCGCAGAUCAAGGCAAAGGUGUUUAAUGACUUGGGGACUCCAUCAGCGGCACCAAAGACAACGGCAACCGGCGGAACAGCCAGUAGCUAG